GCUCAUCCAGCGUUUGUUCUGGACACGCGAAAUACAACGUCACUAUUGAUUUUUAUUAUUAUUGGCUAGAAAAUACAAAUCCCGCCCAAAUGGCUGCUGUGAUUGGCAACUGUAAAGCGAACAUUGACUUUCUCGUCAUCUGAAUACCAAAUUUGUUCUAAACUGUGCUGCCCAUUGGUCACAUUCGGUUUGCAUUGUUCCCCUAACAAGGUAGGGUGAGUCACUGACGGGAUGGAUGCAGCUACUCUGACUUACGACACGCUGCGUUUCGGAGAGUUUGAAGAUUUCCCCGAGACUGCAGAGCCAGUGUGGAUUUUGGGGAGGGAGUUCAGCGCACUCACAGAGAAGGAUGAUAUUCUGUCUGAUGUUUCAUCACGCCUAUGGUUCACUUACAGAAAGAACUUCCCACCCAUUGGAGGAACAGGACCCACAUCUGAUACCGGCUGGGGCUGUAUGUUGCGAUGUGGGCAGAUGAUCUUAGGCGAGGCCCUGGUCUGCAGGCAUCUAGGCCGAGACUGGAGGUGGGUAAAAGGACAGAAACAGAGAGAAGAAUACUACAGCAUACUCAAUGCUUUCAUUGAUAAGAAGGACAGUUACUACUCCAUACAUCAGAUUGCCCAGAUGGGAGUUGGAGAAGGAAAAUCCAUUGGCCAGUGGUACGGACCAAACACGGUGGCACAAGUUCUCAAGAAACUAUCUGUGUUCGACACUUGGAGCCGGUUAGCAGUGCACGUUGCCAUGGACAACACCGUGGUCAUCGAGGAAAUCAAGCGGCUGUGCAUGCCCUGGCUGGACUUCGUUGGGGCGGCGUGUGCGGAUACGGGGCUGGAGCUGAACGGCUGUCUGGAGGGGGCCUGCGCCCUGGCAGAGGAGGAGACGGCGCUCUGGAGACCGCUGGUGCUGCUCAUUCCACUGCGGCUGGGUCUCAGCGACAUCAACGAGGCCUACAUCGAGACCCUGAAGCAAUGCUUCAUGCUGCCUCAGUCUUUGGGAGUCAUUGGCGGGAAACCCAACAGCGCGCAUUACUUCAUCGGCUUUGUGGGAGAGGAGCUCAUCUAUUUGGACCCCCACACCACUCAGGCAGCGGUAGAACCGUGUGAAGAUGGCCAGGUCCCUGACGACACCUACCACUGCCAGCACCCGCCCUGCCGCAUGCACAUCUGUGAGCUGGACCCCUCCAUUGCGGUGGGCUUCUUCUGCAGAACGGAGGACGACUUCGACGACUGGUGUCUGCGCAUUCGCAAGCUGUCCUGCAGUAAGGAAGGGCUGCCCAUGUUCGAGCUGGUGGACAGCCAGCCAUCCCACCUCAUCAAUACAGACGUGCUCAAUCUCACUCCAGAUUUCUCAGACUCCGACCGGUUGGAGCGGUUCUUUGACUCGGAGGAUGAGGAGUUUGAGAUCCUGUCUCUUUGAGCUGGGAAGAGCGACGCAUCCUUCAGUACACUACAGAGGGCUACGUUUGGCAGCGAAGGGGGAAAGGGGACCGUCUCAUACCCAUGAAGUAGUCGUCCCACCUCACCUUCAGCAUAGCUUCCUCCAACUAGCUACAGACUCUGCUUUUACGUCAGCAAACAAGACUUCUAUUUCCCGACGGAAGCUGUUGGGAAAUUAACAUUGCCUUUUUGGGUUUAUUUUUUAUUGUAUUAAGUUUAUAAUUUGCACAUCAAAUAUGUUUUUAUUUUCUAUAUACAUGUAUAUAAAUGAAAAGGAUGAAGGAACAAAGAGUUGAGAUGUUUUGUUGGUGUACAGUAUAUCUGCCAGCAUUGUAUCCCAAUGAAGUGUCCUGCUACAAGUGUCCAUUAGAGAUGGUGCCUUGGCUGAUGACAAUGGCACAAGGCAACCUUGGUCUGCACAUUUCCACGAGUGUUAUAACUUUUAACCGUCUUGAAUUGAAAUAUUUUAAAGGUAAAUUGCCAUAACCAUAUUUUGCAUUCACUGCUCUCAGAAAGUUAAUUGAUCCUUUAAAUUGUGACUUGCUUUGCUGGUCUGUAUCAAAGCUAAAUAGAGAGGUUUGUUGAGGAUAUGUCUAUAGUGUAUUCAAUGAAAUGAAUGAUUGUAGCAGAGAGGUGUGGUUUAGCUUGUCUAUCAGUUUUAUUGAAAGCUGUCCAUAUUUAAAAUAUUUGUUCCAUUCCCAACGAAGGUACUGUAAAUAAGAAAAAGUUGCUUUGAAAAGUUUAUUUACAUAUCUGUGCAUUAGCUGGACAAACUAACAGAAUAUAGAUGCGAAACACAUACAAAAAUAAAAAAGAGGAAAUAAAGACAUUGAUUAAUAUUAAAAUACA